CCGAAUUCAGUUAGGAACAGCGGCAGAUAACCCUUCACUGGAGGCUAUACGCGGUGCGCUGGGAGUAAAUCAGACGUCAAAGUAUUUUUUUUCUUUUUGGGAAUAUUUGCACGUCUUUAAGCAGAGGAAGGAUAACUACGGCAAUUAUUCCCCACGCUUGAGACUGGUCAUUUCUUUUUUUUAUCCAAAGUUUUAAAGUUUAUAGCCCCUUUACGUUCUGUGCAUUCAUUAGGGCAAUGUAUGGACAACGUUACGUCCUUUGUUGUGGUCUGGUGUCCAGAGGGCAGUGAACUUGUCAUCGCUGGAAGUAGUAUCGCAGCGGAGCAAAGAGCCAUGAUGGUUUAAUUCGCGUCUCAUAAACUUUGGGAUUAACAGAAGUACAGCAAGUGCGUUACAUUUUUCAUCGCCUCGGUGCAGAGGACCAUGCAUUGGAACCUCCUGUGAGCGCAUCGCGCGAUGCGACUUCCAAUGAUUGAGGAGGCCUUUGCUGGGAUGGAGGGAAGGAGGAUGAGGCCUCUGUGAGUCCGGCUGUGGAGCAGUCCGGCUACGGCAGGGGCAGUGGGCUGGCUGUUUAGCUGGCUGCUAACACGUACGCUCCGCUCCGUCUCCCAGCCCGGUGGUGAUGUGGAAACACCUGACAGCGUGCCUGAGAAUGAGGAUCAAAUACACCGUGUUCCUGGUGUUUGUCGUGGCCCUGGUCAUCAUCGAGAAGGAGAACAAGAUCAUAUCGCGGGUGUCAGACAAGCUGACCCCACGCCAGACCCCUCAGACUCCGCUGCAGGUGACCAUCGUACCCCCUCUGGCGGCGACGAAGCAGAAUGACUCCUCGCGCUUCCUGUUCACCAGGACCCAGCUGGACCCGUCCAGGUUCCAUCACAUGAAGCGGCGCCUGGAGAACUUCACGGAGGUCCGUGAGUCGGACCCCGAGCGUCGACUCCCCUCCUGGGGCAAGAAGCACAUCCUGCUCCUGGCUACCACCCGCACCGGUUCCUCCUUCGUCGGGGAGUUCUUCAACCAGCAGGGCGGGAACAUGUUCUACCUGUUCGAGCCCCUGUGGCACGUAGAACGCGCGCUGACGCUGGAGACGGGCGGUACCAACGCGUCGGCGGCGGGUCCGGCGUACCGUGACGUCCUCCAGGGCCUUUUCCUGUGCGACUUCACGCCGCUGGAGAGCUUCAUCGAGCCGGCGCCCGUCGACCACGUCACGCCGAACCUGUUCCGACGCGAGUCGAGUAGCUCGCUGUGCGAGGAGCCCGUGUGCGGACCCGUGGUGAAGGGCGUGUUCGAACGGUACCGCUGCCGCACGCGACGCUGCGGUCCGCUCAACUUCACGCUGGCGUCCGAGUGGUGCCGGCAGAAGGAGCACCGUACCAUCAAGUCGGUCCGCGUGCGGCAGCUCGAGACCCUGCGCCCACUCGCGGAGGACCCGCGUCUUGACGUCAAGUUCAUUCAGCUGGUACGCGACCCGCGGGCCGUGCUAGCGUCCAGAAUGGUGGCCUUCGCGGCCAAGUACAAGAACUGGAAGCGCUGGGCCGUGGACGGCGAGGUGCCCGUGGACGACGACGAGGUGCGGAAGCUCAAGGGGAACUGCGACAACAUCCGUCUGUCAGCCGAGGUGGGCCUGAAGCAGCCGGAGUGGCUACGAGACCGCUACAUGCUAGUGCGCUACGAGGACAUUGCACGCUUCCCCAUGCGCAAGGCCACGGAGAUGUACGACUUCACGGGCAUCCCCUUCGCUCCCAAAGUCAAGGAGUGGAUACUCAGGAACACUCAGGCCUCGAAGGAGGUUAGCGGAGUGUACUCCACGCAGAAGAACUCAUCGGAGCAGGUGGAGAAGUGGCGCUUUAGUAUACCGUUCAAACUAGCGCAGGUGGUGCAGAAGGUCUGCGGGCCCACCAUGAAACUGUUUGGCUACAAGUUUGCGGAGAGCAAAGAGAUGCUAACGGACAAGUCCAUCAGUUUAAUAGAGGAAAAGAACUUCUCUUAAGUCUUUUAUGAACUUUUUUUCUUACCCCCCAAAAAGGCUAAAUGCUGUUUUGUGUUUCCCCAAAGUAGAAUGGUUCAAACAGAUAUUAUUUAAAACAGUUGUAUGUGUAUUUAUUGAGGACAACGCAUGCUUGAUGCAACGUUGUGUGGUAGUUAGGCUACAUAUCUGAAAACUGUAAAGAGUGGAGAGGUCAAUUUUGGGAUAUGGCUUUGUUGUUUUGCUGUUUGUCACUCAACAUAACUGUGUCAAAAAUGAGAUUGUGAAACUAAGAGUACUUGAUAUUACUUUAAGAAAGAGGGAAACAUAUAGAACUUUAUUUAAAUGAUAUUUUUGUUACAGAGAAGUCAAAGAAUAUUGGAUAUGGCAUAUUUGGAUGGCCGUCAUUAUUUGAAUGUCACAAGAGAAUGAAACAGUGCAGAUCUCCCUUUUUGGAUAUUUGUUUUUUUGGGCCAAAAGGAGGGACAGGUUGGAAGACAAAGCUGCUUUAUGCUAAAAGCAACAUGCAAAAAAACA